AUGAACCUGACCGAGACGCAGAUGGACAGAAUCACUGACGCCUUCUCCAAGGGGGUCGAUAUCAGCCCUACGAGAAACCACAGUCGUUCUCCAUCAAAGUUUGCCGACGCGGGCAGAGAGCGCUCGUCACCCUGUGGACACUUUCGCCAGUACAGCCGCGGGAACGACGACUUGGGAUCCCAUGAUGGCAACUCGACUACCUUUUCCGAUCUGAUGCCGCGACGUUCGGAACUUCAUGGCUCAACCCAUAGUCUCGCCGAGCGAAGACGCCGCGCAACGCCAGCGCCUAUUCUUGUUCACGGUCAACACAGGGCUCAGUCUGUACCACGCCGCGUUGAGAUGCAGCCAAUCCAUGACGACCCGUCUCCCCUGGACUCACCAAUGAUGUAUAUGAUUGACCCAAAUCGCCAAAGUAGAGAGGUCCCCUGUGAUCCCCUACCCGUCUUCCCCCAGCGAGUUGGACACUCAAAACCGACUGCAUAUGUGGAAGAUGGCGAAGAAGGCAUGCAAUACUUUGCCGACACCCCUUAUCUCGAGGCCUAUGGGCAAUGGGCAGACGUACGCACGUACAGAGAGACAAAGCCUCUAGCCCACCAAGACGCCAAAGUGGGAGGACUGGAAGGGUACACCCACCACUCUAAGAGCACCGCCGAUACUUCACGUCAAGAGCAGCAACGUGCCUCGCCAUCGCGGCCCAGGCCACCUCAGCUUCGCAGCGCCAAGGAUGUCGAGUCCCCUAUGUUCUCCCCCUUUCCAUUCUACUUCCAGGGGCAAGGUCUCACAACCGAGAAGAAGGGGGAGAAGACGAUGAUCGGAGAGAAUGGCUGGCUUGAGCGUCCAGGCGAAACGACCGAAAAGUCGAAAAGGGGGGCCAAGAAGACGGGUCUCCUCGACGGAAUCAAGAAAAUUGCGAAAGACAUGAGUGAACAGUACAGCUCGACUCGACGAGCGCAGCAUCCCGCCACAGAGGCGAGUGGCACGACGCUGGCCAUCUCCCUAAGCGCACGGGAACAGAGUCUCCUAUACGGUGAGCUCGAGUUCCACCUGGGCAACGCGCUCAACACGUACAUCACCGUGCAGCUGGAAAAGGGGCGUCUCCUGACGGACAGACUCCACAAGAUCAGCGACCACUGGCUCCAGCUCGGUCGGCCUCGCGUCCUCGGGUUCCGCUACGAUCUCGAGACCCAGCUCGAGAUCCUGAGCCUGCACGUGCAGGACUUUGUGUUUUCCGGUCGGCGACAGGGCAACCGGACGGAGAUUUGCGGGCUGCUGGACGCCAUGAAGAUCAAUUCCCGCGCCAUGCGCGUCCGGACAUUUUGCCAGCCUGACUCGGUGGUGGCCAAGCAGCUGGUCGACUCGCAGAGUCUCUUCAACCUCAUCGGGGUAGGCAGAGAGGAGGACCUCGCGCUGACGGAGAUUGCCCAGUUCUUCAAGGUUUGUAUCGAACGGGAGAAGCAGACUCGUGAGAAGGAAGCACGCAGGGCUCGGCCAUCGGCCUUUGAUCAUUCUCACAGACACGAGGCUAGACAUGGCCGUGGCUCUCGGGCGUAG